AUGCAGCUAUUGGCAGAUAGUAGUCUUGAUGAAGACAACUUUGAGCAUGAUGGAGAUGGGGGUUGGCCUUUCCAUAGUUUUGUUGAACAACUUAUCCUUGAUAUGUUUGAUCCAAUUUGGGAGGUUCGUCAUGGCUGUGUCAUGGCUUUGAGAGAAAUUUUAACCCAUCAUGGUGCUUGUGCGGGAGUAUUUAUGCCUGUUCUGAGCUGUGAUGGAGCAUUUUUUCCUGAACCAAAUGAUAAAGUUAUUGCAAAGAAAAUGAAGAGGGAAAGAGAAAUUGAUUUGAAUAUGCAAGUUUCACAAGAUGAGACUGAACCAAUUCUGAAGAGGCCAAAGUGCCAAGAUGCUUCAUCUCAGUUGACGGAUACAAUGAUCUCUGCCAGCAGUGAUGGUAACAUUAAUAUUACUGUAAAGGUUGAAGAUAGUGGAUGGAAUUUUUCUGCUGGGCAGCCAAAUGGUGAAAGUUCUGUUAAGGUGGAGCCUCAAUCUUACCUUGAUAGUACACUAUGCUCGAGUAGCGAACUCAUUGAUAUGGGAAAGGGAAAAAGUCAUUAUGAAGACAAGGGUUCCUUGGAAAAUAUUCCUGAAAAUUGUGAACAGAUGAGCUUGAUUAAAGUGACUAGGCAUUCUUGGCUCAAAAAUUAUGAAUUUCUUCAAGAUUGUGCUAUUCGUUUCUUGUGCGUAUUGUCACUUGACCGUUUCGGAGAUUAUGUCUCUGAUCAGGUUGUUGCUCCAGUACGGGAAACUUGUGCGCAAGCUUUAGGUGCUGUGCUCAAGUACAUGCAUCCAUCUCUUGUUCAUGAGACAUUGAAUAUUUUGAUACUAAUGCAGCAUAGACCAGAGUGGGAAAUUCGUCAUGGGAGUCUUUUAGGUAUCAAAUAUUUGGUUGCUGUGCGACAGCAUGGGUAUUCAGUGCUUUAUACAGAUUUUUGUUAUGAUACUUAUGAGUCUGUGAAGUAUCCAUUUAGACGCCCCUCUAUAAAUAGGUUGGGGAUGGAAUGA